AUGGCCUCACUCCAACCCAACGGCUCUUCUGGAGCCCGUCCUCCACCCCAGACUCGACAUCCCACCGCCCCCUCGGUCCUGACGAUGAACGGGUCGGUGAACAGCCAUUUCGCCAGCGGCGAGGACCAGAACUUCGAACAUGGCGUGCAGAUCAUCGACGAGGACAAACACUUCAAUGGAUACAUGCCGCAGUACCUCCAAGCGGAGGGCAUCACGAAGGCUGGGUUCAACUACCACCUCAUAUCUGUGUUUGGGAGCCAGAGUACGGGGAAGAGCACGCUGUUGAAUUAUUUGUUCGGGACGGAGUUUGGGGUCAUGAGCGAGCAGGAGCGGAGACAGACGACCAAGGGUAUUUGGAUGAGCAAGAAUAAGAAGGCCACUGUGAAGGAUGCGCAGGGGAAGGGCAUGGCGGAGAAUAUCUUGGUUAUGGAUGUUGAAGGUACCGAUGGGCGGGAGCGAGGCGAAGAUCAGGACUUUGAGCGGAAGAGUGCGCUCUUUGCGUUGGCGACGAGUGAAGUGCUCAUUGUGAAUAUCUGGGAGCACCAGGUUGGACUGUACCAGGGCGCCAACAUGGGGCUGUUGAAGACGGUGUUCGAGGUGGACCUGCAGCUCUUUCUGAAGAACUCGAAGAACGUCACCAAGUCGCUGCUGUUCUUCGUCAUUCGAGAUCAUCUUGGACACACACCGCUCGCGAACCUGAAGAACACGCUCAUGCAGGAUUUGGAGCGGAUAUGGUCGAGCUUGAGCAAACCGCCGGGCUUGGAGAAGAGCAAGAUCGGCGACUACUUUGACUUUGCGUUCGUGGCGCUGCCGCACAAGAUUCUGCAGCCGGAGAAGUUUGAGCAGGAGGUUGCGAGGCUGGGAACGAGGUUCCGGGAGGGUUAUGUGGACCCGAGAAAAGAUGGUUUGGUUGAUGAGGCAGAUAAUCCGAUUUUCUUGCCUCAAUACCAUCGACGGAUUCCUGCGGAUGGGUUCCCGAUGUAUGCUGAGGGUGUCUGGGAGCAAAUCGACAGCAACAAGGAUCUUGACUUGCCGACACAGCAGGAGUUGUUGGCGCAGUUCAGAUGUGAUGAGAUCUCGAAGGAAGUUCUGGUGCCUUUCGAUGAGACCAUUACGCCGCUCGAGGAGCGCCAGUCAAAUGCUGUCUCUGCUGGAUCACCGAUCGUCAUCGCCGAACUUGGCAAGACCAUGGCCAGCGCGAGACAAACAGUGCUCAAGAGCUUCGAAGAGGAAGCAAGCAGAUACCACAAAGGCGUCUUCAAGCGAAAGCAAACCGAGCUGGAAUCCAAGAUUGAUGGCCGGCUGAAGGCACUGUUCCAAGGACAACUCACCGCUGCGCACAAGAGCGGCAUCAACGACUUUAGCGAGGCAGUGACAUCUGCUGUCAAGGCAGGCCAGAAGAAAGGUGGCAACUACGACUUCUACAAGAUUGUACAGAGUGAGAAGCAAAAGUCCAUCAAGCGCUUUGAGUCCGAAGCACAAUCGAGCUUGAUCUCCGGCACACCUUGGAGCGACUACAAGUCCCAGCUGAAUCUGUACCAGAAGGAAAUUGACGAAGUCAGCGGACGUCUGCGGAAGGAAGAAAUGCGCCGCUUGGCAACUCGCUCCGAGCGGUGGGUGCGAUCACGGCUGGGCGAGAGCAUCGGCACGGAAUUCAACAAGCUAGGUUCCGGGCGCGCAGGAUCAGGCGCACCCGAGGAGGGCGAGAAGCCGACAGAGAAGGACAUCUGGGAUCGCAUCUGGUCUGCUUUUACUGAGACUGUCGCGCACGCCGAAACUCGCUUCACAGAUCGCGCACGCAGCUUUGAUGCUAGUCCAGAUGAAGUCGAAGUCGGACUGUGGCGGCUACGCAGGAAGUCUUGGGCUGCUCUACGGGACAAGAUCGAUGAGGAGAUGAUGGAAGGCAAUUUGCUUCUCAAGCUCCGCGAGAACUUCGAAGACAAAUUCCGCUACGACGAGGAAGGCGUGCCGCGGAUAUGGCGACCCACAGACGACAUCGAAGGCUUGUACACGAAAGCGCGCGAAAGUACGCUCGAGCUCAUCCCGCUCCUAUCACGCUUCCGGCUCGCGCGGACUAGUGCUCCGCCGCCCCUGGACGCUUGGAUCGGCACGCCGCCCGAGACUGUGACGGCGGCGGACGAGGAGGACUUGCCGCCUAUUGGCGGUGUGGACGAGGAUGAAGGCAAGAGUUUGGAAGAGGAGAUGACGGUACUGACGGAUUCGAAGCGGCAGGAUCUGUCGACGAGGUUCAAGAAGACGGCGGAUGGGGUGUAUGUGGAGGCGAAGCGGAGUGCGAUUGGUGGCGUGACGCAGGUGCCGCUUUAUUUCUAUGGGUUGCUGUUGGCGCUGGGGUGGAACGAGAUUGUUGCUGUGCUCCGCAACCCCGUCUACUUCAUCUUCCUCAUCCUCCUCGGCUUCGGCGCCUACAUCACCUACACGCUCAACCUCUGGGGCCCAAUGCUCCGCAUGACCAACGCCGCCAGCACGCAAGGGCUUGAGAUCUUCCGCGAGAAGCUGCGGGAGUUCUUGGAGCAGUCGGAGACCGGACGGCAGGCUAUCGGAAUGGCGGCGAAGGAUGGUGGGGUGGGUGGGAGCUAUAGGAUGGAUACGCUCCACACUAAUGGCACGACCAAAGCGCGGGCCGAGAAGGAGGAGGACGUGGAUGAGAUUUGA